AUGCCAUUUUGUGCGGGAUGUUGGGCCUGCAGCGGAGGCACGCCCGUGCGGAGAGCCCGAGCAGAGAAUCCCUUCGCAUUAACAGCAGACUCUAAUCCCAUUAAAUCCUCAAUCCGACACACGCCGACGCACGUUCCCAGUGCGGAGUGGAACUGCGGGGGAAGGGCGAAGCGCGCGUGUGGCUCCGUGUUCAGCCCCGUGGAUCCCGGUGCAGAGGAUGCCCGUGUGCCGCUCAGAGGUGCGUGCGCUGCUGCGGGCAACAUGAGAGUCCGCGGCCCGCCCUCCUCCGCGCGCUCGCUCGCUCCUAGUGCUCGGGCGCGUACGUGA